UGAAUUAGGCAUACAAGGACGUGAUCAACGUAUGUCCCUACAGGCAGCUAGCAGAUACAUUCCUUCACUGUCCAUGCUGCGUCUGGACGUGUCACCCGAUGACGCGGAAACAACAUUGCUGCAUGUCAAGCAGAAAUGGAAUCAUGAACUCCCCUUGGCAACUAUGUGGUUAGGUAGGUGCGACCUUCUGUUCUCAUCCCACUCAAAUGCACUAGCGCUGUGGGCAUGUUUUGCACGGCUAGUAGAUUUGACAAUUUGGGAUUGCGACGCUCUUGUCUACUGGCCAGAAAACGUGUUCCAGGUCCUGGUAUCCCUGAGGGAGUUAUCGAUUCGGGGAUGCAGCAAACUGACAGGACGCACACAAGCUUCUGGCGAGCAAUCUGCUCCAGGACGGGAUGGACUCCUGCCACAUCUGGAGUCUCUAGGGAUAUAUGAUUGCGCAUCUUUGGUAGAGGAGGACACAAGGUUGGCGAGGGGAGAAGGUGUUGUACAGCUGGACACAUCAUCAUCAAUUCCAGGGUCCAGCAGUCGUGAGGCCACAACGUCUACAGCUGUACUGAAGCUGUCAUCAGCAGCCAACCAUCGCUUCCUUCCACGCCUAGAAUCUCUAGAUAUAUGGCACUGCUAUGGUUUGUCUGAGGUUGCCAAUCUUCCUCCGUCUAUCAAGACCUUGGGCAUUUAUUACUGCGGCAAUCUUCAAUCCUUAUCAGGACAGCUAGGUGACAUCCAAAAAUUAACUAUUGACUCAUGCCGUCAGUUGGAAUCACUGGAUUCUUGCUUAGGAGAGCUCCGGUCGCUGGAAGAACUCGAGCUUUAUGGUUGCAAAAGCCUGGUAUCCUUACCGGAUGGGCCUCAAGCAUACUCAUCCCUUAGAGUUCUUUGGAUUACACAUUGUGAUGGUGUGAAGUCGCUCCCGCCGAGCCUACAGAGCCGUUUGGGUUGCCUCGAGGAGAAAGUUCUAGAUGCCCGUUAUGAAGAUCUACCAGAACCAAAGACCCGGAAAUGUGCAAUGAGGAGCCUGGCGUGCUUGAAAUAGGAGAUUGAGAACCCGACGAAAGUUCUCACAAGGAUCGUAUUACCAGACCUGCAAAUCAUCGAAUAUUGUGACCAUGCGUAUAACAUGCGCUUUCUGAAGAUGAUCUCCAGUGAACUCAAGCGGAAAUCCAUGACUUUAAGCAGAUAACAAGUCCCGGAUCAUAUGCUGAAGAAUUUAGCAUAUAGAGCUCCAUGCUCCAGUCCUUUAUCAUCCUUCUUCAAGCCGAAGUGCUUGAUUUUGAGCAGAAGACAAGUCUGUUUCUUCAAAAUUACAUCCUGCCGCAACAUUUCUGUGUUUGUCUUUUUUUUCAUUACCGGUAUUGUCUAAAGUGGCUAUGGUCGCAAGAAGAUUGCGGAUUUAAUUAUAUUUUUCUUUUUCGGCUA